AUUACAUCAUAAGUAAAUUUAUCUGUAUCGUUCUUGACAGUUGAACAGCUGAUCGCUAAAAAUAGAUCAUGCGGGCGACUGUGUAAAUUAAUUUUAUUUCGUAACAAAUAAAACACUAAACAAAAUUGAUACUGUGCAGUAUAUACUAUUAUAUUUAACACAACAAACAUAUUAUGUGUACUGAUAAUAAUAAUGAAAAUAGCAGACCAGUAACACCAUCAGAGGAAGAUUGUUGUCAUAGUGCAUGUGAUCCUUGUAUUUUUGAUAUACAUAAAAAAUUGCUUGAAGAAUAUGAAAGAAGAAAGAAACAAAGCAUAAAAAUACAAAACAAACCAAAUAUACUACGUUUAUGUUUAUACAGAAAUUUUGUAGUUUUUAAUGUACAAGAACUAUCCGAAUGUUACAUUUUACUUAUUUUGAAAUACAAUGAAAAUAAUUAUAAAGAUUGCAGAAUAUUAAUUGAUCCAGGACAACAUGUUGUAUUACAUGUGUGUGAUACUGCCAAACCAUACACACCAAUUUUUUUUACAGAUGACUCCAUUGAAUUUCUAAUUAGACUUUAUCCAAAUGGAAAGUUUAGUCAAUACUUAAAAACUGUAAAAGUAGGUGAUAUAAUUCAUAUUAGAGGGCCAUAUGGAAAUUUUAAAUAUGAAAACAAUAGUUUUCAAACAAUUGUUAUGUUUAGUAUGGGAUCUGGAAUAACUCCAGUUUAUUCUAUAGCAAAAUCAAUUAUAGACAAUGAACUUGAAGAGACAAAAGUUCAUCUCAUUGGAGGAUUUAAAAACAUAUCUCACAUCCCUCUAAAAAGAGAACUACAAACCUUGUCAGAUUAUUGGAACUUUCAAUGUACAUUAUACAUAUCACAAAUACAAAAUGGUUGUAAUCUCCAUGGUAUAAAUGUAAAAUCUGAAAGAUUAGGUCAAAAAUCAAUCUCUGAAACGCUUGAAAAUAAAGAAGCUAGUACUACAUUAAUCUUAAUAUGUGGCACUAAUCAAUUUAAUAGAUUCGUUGAACAGUCCGUAAAAUGCAUGAAUUACACACAUAUACACGUGUUUGAAUGAAUUAAUUAAUAAAAGACUAUCAUGUUAAAUAGUUUUUAAUUACAUUAGUUAAUACGACAUGAUAUGCUUUCCUUGCAGUUGGGGCAUGAACCAUGAAUUUGAUGAAAUAUAACAUGAUUUCCAGCAAUUGUUUGUAGCCACUAAAAAUAAAAUUUAUAAACAUUA